AUGGCUGAGCCGUACAAGAAACGCCGACUCUCCGAAGAGGAUACUUCUCAAGACUCCGAUACCAAAAUGGAGGCCACCACAACCAAAGCCUCCGCAGUGCCGGGCUCGAAGCAACCUAACAAGACGCUCUUCGUCCGAUCGCUUCCCGCCUCCGCUACGACAGAAGGCCUCGCAGAGUUCUUCUCACAGUCCUACGUGAUCAAGCAUGCUACUGUUGUUUUGAAUCCGGAGACCAAGGUUUCCAAGGGCUUUGGUUUCGUCACAUUCGCCGAUCUCGAGGACGCCCAGAGCGCCCUGGAGGAGUUGAAUGGUUCCAAAUUUGACGGCAAGAAGAUUCGUGUCGAAUAUGCGGAACCCCGUCACCGUGAGAUCGACGAAAAGCUGGGCAGGAGUAUUCCCUCUGCUGCUGCGCUCAAGUCCAAGCAGGAGCGGGAAGAUCAGAGGCUGCAGAAUCAGCCGCCAAGGCUGAUCAUCCGCAAUCUGCCAUGGAGCAUCGAGACCACGGAACAACUGUCUCGACUCUUCCUCAGUUUCGGAAAGGUCAAACAUGCAGUUCUUCCCAAGAAGGGCGACAAGUUGCAAGGUUUCGGUUUCAUUGUCCUGAGAGGCAAGAAGAACGCUGAGAAGGCGAUUGAGUGGCUCAACGGCAAGGAGAUUGACGGUCGCCAAUUGGCUGUCGAUUGGGCUGUGGACAAGGAAGCUUGGGAAAAUGCAAAGGAAGAUAAUGAGGAGAAGGAAGAGGGGAAAAGCAAAGCCAGAAGAUCCUCUGGCGAAGAAGCUUCACUGGACGAAGACGAGGAUGACGAUAUGGAGGAUCUGGCAGAUCUGGAGGGCGAUCUAGAGAACGGAGGCGAGGAUGAGGAGGAGGUGAAAGACAAGGAAGACGAGCGCACGGAAUGCACCAUCUUCCUCCGCAAUCUGCCCUUCACCUGCACCAACGAGUCACUCUACGAACACUUCUCCCAAUUCGGAUCACUUCGAUAUGCCCGCAUUGUCGUCGAUCACGAGACUGAACGGCCUCGAGGCACUGGCUUCGUAUGCUUCUGGAAGUCCGAGGAUGCCAUAACUUGCGUCCGCAACGCCCCGAGGACAACAGAGAUGCCGACUGGAGACAAAGAUCGCUCCAAGCCAGCACUGAAGCAUUCCGUUUUGCAGAAUGAGGAUGCUGACCCGAGUGGAAAAUACACAAUGGAAGGCCGUGUUCUACAGGUUGCCCGUGCAGUGAACAAGAACGAGGCUACGAGACUGGAAGAGGAGGGCGUUUCACGCCGCCUGGUGCGUGACAAGGAUAAGCGCCGCCUCUACCUCCUGGCAGAGGGCACUAUUGCGUCGAACACUCCUAUGUAUAAGAAGUUAUCUCCUUCUGAGAUUAAGAUGCGCGAGGCCAGCUUCAAGCAGCGCGAGACCUUCAUCAAGAAGAAUCCUGCUCUGCACCUCAGUCUUACUCGUCUUUCCAUCCGAAACAUUCCCCGCCACAUCACCUCGAAAGACCUGAAGCAACUUGCGCGACAAGCCGUGGUUGGCUUUGCCACGGAUGUCACCAAUGAGGUACGCCAGCCGCUCUCGAAGGAAGAACAAUCCCGCUUCUCGGAGGAGAUGAAGGAGCAGGAUCGCCUGCGCAAAACCAAAAAGCUGGGUAUCGUCCGGCAAGCCAUGAUUGUUUACGAGACGCGUGAGGGCACCAAGGUUCCGGAGAAGGGUGGUGGUGGCCGCAGCCGUGGCUACGGUUUCAUUGAGUACUUCACCCACCGACACGCCCUGAUGGGUCUGCGAUGGUUGAACGGCCACGCCAUCGACAUCCCGGCGAACAACGACGAGGAAGACAAGGAUAGGAGGAAGCGCCUGGUCGUUGAAUUCGCCAUUGAGAAUGUGCAGGUCAUCAAGCGCCGUAAGGAGCUGGAAGAGAAGCAGCGACUCGAGAAGGAGAACGACCCUGAGGAGAAAGACCAGAAGGCCGACAGUCAGGACGACAAGAAGGGCACCAAGAGGAAGCGCUCAGGCAAGGGUAAGGAGGGAGAGGGCGAGGGCGAGGGAGAGCGGGAUGGAGAGGAAGACGAGGACAAAAUUGCCAAGCGCAAUCGGAUUAUUGCGCAGAAGCGCAUGAAGCGGAGGGCCCGCCGGGGCAAGGCGUGA